GUGACGCGAGGUCAAAGGUCGGAGGCGCGGCGGCCACUUCCUUUUCCGGUGUGGGCGCCAUCGCCGCGGGAGCCUCGCCAUGGGGAAGUUCAUGAAGCCGGGGAAGGUGGUGCUGGUGCUGGCCGGCCGAUACUCGGGGCGCAAGGCCGUCAUCGUGAAGAACAUCGACGACGGCACCUCGGACCGGCCGUACAGCCACGCCUUGGUGGCCGGCAUCGACCGGUACCCGCGCAAGGUGACGGCCGCCAUGGGCAAGAAGAAGAUCGCGAAGAGAUCCAAAAUCAAGUCCUUCGUGAAAGUCUACAACUACAACCACCUGAUGCCCACCCGGUAUUCUGUUGAUAUUCCACUGGACAAGACAGUGGUCAACAAGGACGUGUUCAGGGACCCCGCUCUAAAACGCAAAGCGAGACGUGAAGCCAAGGUGAAAUUUGAGGAAAGAUACAAGACAGGCAAGAAUAAGUGGUUCUUCCAGAAGCUGCGAUUCUAAAGGUGUAAAAAGGUUACAUCAAUAAAUGUUUACUAAAAACCA